UUUUCCGGCAUCCCGUCCCCCUUUCUCUCCCCCUCCUGGCUCAUGAUGCUUACGCAAGCAACUCUCCGGUUUCGAUCAUUCUACCUUACUUCAGCUCACUAUGGAAGAGAGCUAAGCGAUCCUAAACCUGCAUUUUGUUCGACUCCAAGCAGGAAGAUUUGGUAAAUUCAAUUCUUUCGUUCGUCAGGAUCAUUCUCUCCCUUUUGUUCUCCAUGUUUUUCUUCUGGAGAACCGAUGACUGUUGUUAAUCCUCACUUUUUUCUUUCGGUUUGGUGGUAAUCAUGAUAACUGCUGCCUCAUUUUCGUCGGGAUCCCAUUCGUCACGUCAAGCUCUCUGCUUGUAUUGUUUCUUCAAUUUGUUCUUUGCAAAGCGUUGUCUUUCGGUUCUUUUCUGCUGAUAUCUUGCUAAUCUAAUGGCGUAGAGGACCGACGAUUUUGGUGGUAAACCUACAGAUGUUUCUGUUUUUGAUUCGUUCAACUUUCACAUCAGGCUCACUGUUUAUCGUGCUUCUCCAUUUUGUUCUUUGCUCGCUGCCUUUGUCGGCUAUUAUCUUCGAAUUAAAAUUGCAUCAUAUUCCUGUUGUGAGCAAGAUUUCUGCUAGAAAGGGAACAUUUUGCUUCCUGUUCUGAGCUUGCCUCUCUAUCUUCGAUCUGUAUCUAUGAAUCACAAUGUGAAGCCGUUGAAAGAGGAGCUCCAUGAUUUCUCUGAUGCAUCCUCUGCUUCCGUCGAUGGCGCUGUGGAUCCUCCUAGGCCAAUGGAUGGGUUGCAUGAUGUCAGUCCGCCGCCGUUCCUGACGAAGACCUAUGAAAUAGUUGAUGAUGCCAGCACCGACCAGAUCGUGUCAUGGGGCCCUGCCAACAACAGUUUUGUUGUCUGGAAUCCUCAGGCUUUCGCAAUGACUCUUCUUCCAAAAUAUUUCAAGCACAACAACUUCUCCAGCUUUGUGCGGCAGCUAAAUACCUAUGGCUUCAGGAAGGUGGAUCCUGACAGGUGGGAGUUCGCAAACGAGGGCUUUCUGAGAGGCCAGAAGCAUCUUCUCAAGACCAUAAAGAGAAGAAAACCAGCUUCUCAUCUUCCUUCACAGCAGCCUCUCGGUUCAUUCCUCGAAGUCGGAGAAUUCGGACUCGAAGGCGAAAUCGACAGGCUGAAGCGCGACAAGCAGCUACUGCUAACGGAGCUGGUGAAGCUGCGGCAGGAGCAGCAGAACACGAGGUCCCGUCUCAGAGCCAUGGAGGAGAAGCUGCACCAGACUGAGCAGAAGCAGCAACAGAUGAUGGAAUUCUUGGCCCGGUUGAUUCGGAACCCCAGAUUCUUACACCAGCUGGUCGAGCAAAAGGAGCGUUUUAAGGAGCUCGAAGAGGAGAUAUCAAAGAAAAGGCGACGUCCGAUCGACAGAGCUCCAGAGAAUGACGCCGGAACUAGUAUUACGGUCAAAGCUGAAAACGACGAUCCACAGGACUUCCAUGUGGAGGAACAAGCAUUGGGUUUGCGCGACUUGGCCCUGGAGAUGCAGGGACUGGUGAGUGAGGACGAUUACCAAGAACAAGUGAAGCUGUCGGAACUCGAGUUAGAGGGGGAUUUGAAUGUGGAAUUUUGGGACGAUCUGUUGAACGACAGGAUCGAUGGCCACAACGAGGACGAUGUGAAUACUUUGGUGGACAAAUUAGGUAAAAUUUCUUAGUUCAGCCAGUCCCUGACAGGAUUUCAUCAGGGCUUCAUCUGUU